AUGUCGUAUGCUGGUGAAGAUGUGGUCGCAGCAGAUCGUGGUGCAGCAGCUCGACUGGAUCAAUGCACACUGGUAGGCGCUAUCUUCAAGGAGAUUCACGCCCUCGCCGUGGUUCACGAGUUAAACGGCGGCUCUCAUCCAAGAUACAAUGAUCUCGUAUCUCCUGUUGUGCACUCAAGAGGAGAUGAACCGGCAGGUUCUCACCAACGUAGCUCUCUCUAUGCCAAGGUUCAGAUGUAUGUGGAGGAACACCAGAUGAGAUUGAUGCAGAGGACCUACCAUACAUGGCUUUGUAUAUAG